AACUGUUACCCUGAGUGUUACCGUCAGGAGCAAUGACAUCAGGGUUUUAAAACAACUUGUUAUUCGGGGAGUAAUCAGUUGCAAUUAGGCAUUAAUUAAGUAUUAUGAAAGUUGAUUAUUUAAGUGAAUUCGGCUUUCGACUCUCCGACUAUGAGUUUGGGACCAAGGAGCGGAGAAUGGAUCUUGGAACAGCUGAAGGCACCCGGUGCACUGACCCACCUGCAGGCAAACCGGCCAUGGCGGCCAAGCGCAAAGGCGGCCUCAAGCUCAAUGCCAUCUGUGCCAAGCUGAGUCGCCAGGUGGUGGUGGAGAAGGGAGCAGAGGCUGGCUCCCAGGCGGAGGACAGCCCGCUGAGGCCCCGGGACAAAGAGCGCAGUGGCCCUGAGUCUGGGGUGGCUCGGGCCCCACGCAGCGAAGAAGACAAGAGGCGGGCGGUGAUUGAGAAGUGGGUCAACGGGGAGUACAGUGAGGAACCGGCACCUGCACCCAUGCUGGGGCGGAUCACCCGCGAGGGCCUGGAGCUGCCUCCCGAGGGUGUCUACAUGGUCCAGCCCCAGGGCUGCAGCGAUGAGGAAGACCAUGCUGAAGAGCCCUCCAAGGAUGGCAGUGUCCCAGAGAAGGACUCAGAUGGGGCAGCCUCAAAGGACGAUAGUAGCGCCGGCAUCAAGCAGGCUUCAGGAGAGGCCUCCUCGCUAAGGGACUAUGCGGCCUCCACCAUGACCGAGUUCCUGGGCAUGUUUGGCUAUGAUGACCAGAACACGAGGGAUGAACUGGCCAGGAAGAUUAGCUUCGAGAAGCUGCAUGCGGGCUCCCCCCCUGAGGCGACCCCCUCUUCCAUGUUACCCACCUCUGAGGAAAGCCUCAGCAAGCGGGCACGCUUCUCCAAGUAUGAGGAGUACAUCCGCAAGCUCAAGGCCGGCGAGCAGCUCUCUUGGCCAGCCCAUGGCACCAAGGCUGAGGAGCGGGCAGGCAAGGAGAUGGUGGGCCCUCUGCCUGGCCUGCGGCUGCCCAGCAACACCACCCACCUGGAGACCAAGGCCACCAUCUUGCCCCUGCCAUCACACAGCAGUGUCCAAAUGCAGAACCUGGUGGCCCGGGCCUCCAAGUAUGAUUUUUUCAUUCAAAAACUGAAGACCAGUGAGAACCUGCGCCCUCAGAAUGGGAGUGCCUACAAGAAGCCGUCCAAGUAUGACCUGGAGAACGUCAAGUACCUGCACCUCUUCAAACCCGGGGAGGGCAGCCCCGACAUGGGCGGGGCCAUUGCCUUCAAGACAGGCAAGGUGGGGCGCCCCUCCAAGUAUGACGUCCGGGGCAUCCAGAAGCCAGGCCCCGCCAAGGUUCCGCCCACCCCCAGCCUGGCUCCUGCACCCCUCGCCAGUGUGCCCACUGCUCCCAGUGCCCCCGGGCCGGGGCCCGAGCCACCUGCCUCCCUGUCCUUCAAUACUCCCGAGUACCUGAAGUCUACCUUCUCCAAAACAGACUCCAUCACCACGGGGACCGUCUCCACUGUCAAGAACGGAUUGCCCACAGAUAAACCAGCUGUCACCGAAGAUGUAAACAUUUACCAGAAAUAUAUUGCCAGGUUUUCAGGCAGUCAGCACUGUGGCCACAUCCACUGUGCCUACCAGUACCGAGAGCACUACCACUGCCUGGACCCUGAGUGCAACUACCAGAGGUUCACGAGUAAGCAGGACGUGAUCCGGCACUACAACAUGCACAAGAAGCGGGACAACUCCCUGCAGCACGGCUUCAUGCGCUUCAGCCCCCUGGACGACUGCAGCGUCUACUACCACGGCUGCCACCUCAACGGGAAGAGCACCCACUACCACUGCAUGCAGGUGGGCUGCAACAAGGUGUACACGAGCACGUCCGACGUGAUGACCCAUGAGAACUUCCACAAGAAGAACACCCAGCUCAUCAACGAUGGCUUCCAGCGCUUCCGAGCCACCGAGGACUGCGGCACGGCGGACUGCCAGUUCUACGGACAGAAGACCACGCACUUCCACUGCAGGCGUCCUGGCUGCACGUUCACCUUCAAGAACAAGUGUGACAUCGAGAAGCACAAGAGCUACCACAUCAAGGACGACGCCUACGCCAAGGACGGGUUCAAGAAGUUCUACAAGUACGAGGAGUGCAGGUACGAGGGCUGCGUGUACAGCAAGGCCACCAACCACUUCCACUGCAUCCGCGCCGGCUGCGGCUUCACCUUCACCUCCACCAGCCAGAUGACCUCGCACAAGCGCAAGCACGAGCGCCGGCAUGUCCGCUCCUCGGGCGUGCUGGGGCUGCCACCCUCGCUGCUGGGCGCCAAGGACACGGAGCCCGAGGAGUCCAGCAACGACGACCUGGUGGACUUCUCUGCCCUGAGCAGCAAGAACUCCAGCCUGAGCGCCUCCCCCACCAGCCAACAGUCCUCUGCGUCCCUGGCCACUGCCGCUGCCACCACUGAGGGCACGCCCAGUGCCACCAAGCCUCCUAGCAGCAAGAUCCAGGGGCUGAUACCCCAGGGCCUGCCAGGCUCCAUCCCCCUGGCACUGGCCCUCUCCAACUCGGGCCUGCCCACCACCGCACCCUACUUCCCCCUUCUUCCUGGCCGUGGGAGCACCUCCCUGCCUGUGGGUGCCCCUGGCCUCCUGGGUGCCAUGUCAUCUGGGGCAGCAGCCUCAGCAACCCCCGACACACCUACCUUGGUGGCUUCGGGAGCUGGAGAUUCGGCCCUGGCGACUGCCACCUCUGUCCCGGUGCCCCCUGCCUCCAUCAUGGAGAGAAUCUCUGCGAGCAAGGGCCUCAUCUCACCCAUGAUGGCCAGAUUGGCCGCAGCUGCCCUCAAGCCCUCUGCCACCUUUGACCCAGGAAGCGGGCAGCAGGCCACCCCUGCCAGGUUCCCUCCAGCCCAGGUAAAGCUGGAGCCGGGUGAGAGCGCUGGCACCCCAGGCCCCCUUGAGGCCUCCCAAGACCGCAGUCUAGACCUGACUGUAAAGGAAUCCAGUAAUGAAUCAAAUGGCCACGCAGCCCCGGCAAAUUCAUCUCUUUUAUCCUCGCUUAUGAAUAAGAUGUCUCAGGGCAACCCCAGCCUCGGCAGCCUGCUAAGCAUCAAGACAGAAGCAGAGGGGAGCCCUGCUGCAGAGUCCUCACCCUUCCUGGGCAAGGCUGCAAAGGCUGUCGUUCAGGAGAAGCUCUCAGAGCCCUGGAGAGUGUACCUACGCAGGUUUGGUACCAAGGACUUCUGCGACGCCCAGUGUGACUUCCUCCACAAGGCACACUUCCAUUGCGUGGUAGAGGAGUGUGGUGCACUCUUCAGCACCCUGGACGGGGCCAUCAAGCAUGCAAACUUCCACUUCCGGACGGAGGGCGGAACAGUGAAAGGAAGCUCAGAGGCUUCCUUCCCGGCCUCUGUUGCUGAGACCAAACCUUCCUUGGCACCCUCACCCCCUCCGGCACCUCCUGGCACCACAGUCCCGGGGACCUGUCUGGAAGGACCUGCUCCCAGCCCGGCCUCGGUGCCCUCCACCCCCACCCUGCUCGCCUGGAAGCAGCUGGCUUCCACCAUACCCCAGAUGCCUCAGAUUCCCGCAUCAGUGCCUCACCUGCCCGCCUCACCCUUGGCGACGACUUCUCUAGAGAAUGCCAAGCCCCAGGUCAAACCCGGAUUCCUCCAGUUCCAGGAGAACGACCCUUGCCUCGCGACAGACUGCAAGUACGCCAACAAGUUCCACUUCCACUGCCUCUUUGGGAACUGCAAGUAUGUCUGCAAGACCUCCGGCAAGGCUGAGUCUCACUGCCUGGACCACAUCAACCCCAACAAUAGCCUGGUGAACGUGCGAGACCAGUUUGCUUACUACUCCCUGCAGUGUCUCUGUCCCAACCAGCACUGUGAGUUCCGGAUGCGUGGACACUACCACUGCCUCCGGACUGGCUGCUACUUCGUCACCAACAUCACCACCAAGCUGCCCUGGCACAUAAAGAAGCAUGAGAAAGCUGAGCGGCGGGCAGCCAACGGAUUCAAAUACUUCACCAAGCGCGAGGAGUGCGGCAGGCUAGGCUGCAAGUACAACCAGGUGAACAGCCACUUCCACUGCAUCCGGGAGGGCUGCCAGUUCUCCUUCCUCCUGAAGCACCAGAUGACCUCCCACGCCCGGAAGCACAUGCGCAGGAUGCUCGGGAAGAACUUUGAUCGCGUGCCCCCCUCCCAGGGCCCCCCAAGCCUGAUGGAUGCUGAGACAGAUGAGGGCAUGGACUACACCGGCUGCAGCCCGGGUGCCGCCUCCUCCGAGUCCUCUACCAUGGAUCGCAGCUGCUCCAGCACCCCCGUGGGCAACGAGAGCACAGCGGCAGGGAAUACCAUCUCCAUGCCCACCGCCUCCGGUGCCAAAAAGCGCUUCUGGAUCAUCGAGGACAUGUCGCCCUUCGGCAAGCGGCGGAAGACGGCCUCCUCGCGCAAGAUGCUGGACGAGGGCAUGAUGCUGGAGGGCUUCCGGCGCUUCGACCUCUAUGAGGACUGCAAGGACACGGCCUGCCAGUUCUCGCUCAAGGUCACCCACUACCACUGCACGCGUGAGAACUGCGGCUACAAGUUCUGCGGGCGCACGCACAUGUACAAGCACGCGCAGCACCACGACCGCGUGGACAACCUGGUGCUGGACGACUUCAAGCGCUUCAAGGCCUCGCUCAGCUGCCACUUCGCCGACUGCCCCUUCUCGGGCACCAGCACGCACUUCCACUGCCUGCGCUGCCGCUUCCGCUGCACCGACAGCACCAAGGUCACGGCGCACCGCAAGCACCACGGCAAGCAGGACGUGAUCAGCGCGGCGGGCUUCUGCCAGUUCAGCUCGAGCGCCGACUGCGCGGUGCCGGACUGCAAGUACAAGCUCAAGUGCUCGCACUUCCACUGCACCUACCCGGGCUGCCGCCACACGGUCGUGGGCAUGUCGCAGAUGGACUCGCACAAGCGCAAGCACGAGAAGCAGGAGCGCGGCGAGCCGCCCGCCGCCUCGCCCGGCGCGCCCGUCAGCCUGGACGGCUCGCUCACGCUGGCCGCCGAGCCCGGGGGCUCGCUGCUCUUCCUGCAGACGGCCGCCGCCGGCCUGGGCCUGGCGCUCGGCGACGCCGGGGACCCCGGCCCGCCCGACGCUGCCCCCGCGCCGCGGGAGGUCCCCGCCGCCCCCGGCCCGGCCGCGGGCGCCGGGGAGUCCUCGCAGGAGGACGAGGAGGAGGAGCUGGAGCUGCAGGAGGAGGAGGCCGAGGACGAGGACGACGACGACGAGGACGAUGAGGACGAGGACGACGAGGACGACGAGGACGACGACGAGGACCUGCGCACCGACUCGGAGGAGUCGCUGCCCGAGGCGGCGGCCGAGGCGGGCGCACGGACCCCGGCGCUGGCGGCUCUGGGCGCCCCCGGCCCCGCGCCCGCCGCCGCGUCGCCCUAG